CCAUGAGCCAGUUCAGUUUUGGCAGCUCCGGUCCGUCCGGUGGCGGCUUCAGCUUCGGGACGCCGAAGACGGCCGCCGCCUCCGCCGCCCCCGCCCCUGCAGGCUUCUCCUUCACCUCCUCUGUCCCGGCGACGGCCAACUCCGGGGGCGGCUUCACCUUCGGGACGGCGGCCGCGGCCCCCGCCGCCACUCAGUCGCCGGCCCUCUUCUCCUUCACCACGCCCGCCACGACGGCGCAGAGCUCCGGUUUCAGCUUCGGUGCGUCCACGCCUGCUACCCCGGCGACCGGCAGCGUCUUCGGGCUCGGGGGGACUGCAUCCAAGCUGAACCUGGGCAGCACUGGAACAGUACAACCUACCGGUAUCACAGGAGGCUUUGCGCUGGGCAAUAGCAGUGGACUGGGUGGCACUGUAACAACUAGCGUACCAGCUAGCCAGCCAGCAGCUCCUUCAGGCUUUGUGUUUGGCUCCACUGCUGCUGCUGCACAGCCUGGCACCACUGGAGGUUUCAGCUUCGGCAGUGGAGCCCCAGCCCAGACUGGGACCCCCAACUUCAGCCUUGGUUCCGUUGGGAACGCAGCACCGCAAGCAGCAACUGCAGGGAUGGCCUUUGGAGUUGCCCCAGCCACAGUCAGCACUGCUACGACCACAGCAGCUGUGUCACAGCCGGCUACAGCUUUUAGCCUUGGAACACCGUCUGCAGGUUCAGGCUUUGGAUUACUUGCUGCAGCAGCCACCUCUGCCUCCACAGGAACACAGAGUCAGGGUCCUACCUUAUCAUUUGGAGCCAAACUUGGAGGUACAGCUGCAACCUCAACAGCAGCGUCCACCACCACCACACCUUCCCUCCUUGGUCUGUGUGGACCAACACUCUUUGCAUCCAUAGGAAACUCCUCAGCCCCAGCUCCCUCUACCAUUACCAGCCUCUCGCUUGGUGCUUCUUCAGCUGGGACAGCCACUGCUGGAACUGUGGGAUUUGGCACUAAAGCCUCUGGGACGACGACAGCAGCCGCCGCUGCUGCCACAACAGCCAGUGCAACGUCUGCCCCCAGUGCUGGAUUCACAUUGAAUCUGAAGCCAUCAGCCACAACUGCUGCUGUGGCAUCCACAGCUGCUAUCGCCACCACAACAGUCACGGCUCCUCCAGUGAUGACAUAUGCCCAGCUGGAGAGCUUGAUUAACAAGUGGAGUCUGGAACUGGAGGACCAGGAAAAACAUUUCCUUCAGCAGGCCACCCAGGUCAAUGCCUGGGACAGGACCCUGAUUGAGAAUGGAGAGAAGAUCACAUCCUUGCACAGAGAAGUGGAGAAAGUGAAGCUGGAUCAGAAGAGGUUGGACCAGGAACUAGACUUUAUUUUGUCCCAGCAAAAAGAGCUGGAAGAUCUGUUAAUCCCUCUUGAAGAAUCUGUGAAAGAACAGAGUGGGACCAUUUACCUGCAGCACGCGGAUGAGGAGCGAGAGAAGACGUAUAAGCUGGCUGAGAAUAUUGAUGCCCAGCUGAAGCGCAUGGCACAAGAUCUGAAGGACAUCAUUGAGCACUUGAAUACCUCCGGUGGCCCUGCUGACACUAGUGACCCACUUCAGCAGAUCUGUAAAAUCCUUAAUGCACACAUGGACUCUCUCCAGUGGAUUGAUCAGAAUUCAGCCCUGCUACAGAGGAAGGUUGAGGAAGUGACCAAGGUGUGUGAGAGCCGGCGCAAAGAACAAGAACGCAGUUUCCGGAUUACAUUUGACUGAAGUUGACCACGUGGCAUUCCAGUGGCCCUCCUUAGAACAUACAUCAGAUAAC